AUGGGUCCUCAAUCAGAAGGAGGCCCAUCUGGUGACGGCCGUGGAUAUGGUGGACAACAAUUCGCAGAUAAUCAACAAUCACGAUACCAGCCAGACAGAGACAUUGUUAUGCAGGACCAACAAUUUCAGCGUCCGGGCCCGGCAUUCGGAACAGAAAAUAGAGGAGAGCCUUCGCCCUCUGGAAGUACAAAUGGUCGGGAAUUGCAGAGGGAGACGGAUCCACAUAAAACGAGCGGGGAGCGCAAUCGAUCAAAGGGGCGUAAUGGACGCACUGCUUCUGGACAGCUUAGAAUGUGCAAGAAAUGUGGUGAACCUCUGACUGGUCAAUUUGUUCGCGCUUUGGGAGGCACAUUUCACCUGGACUGUUUUCGCUGUCGAGAUUGUGGUCAAAUUGUGGCUUCGAAAUUCUUUCCCGUCGACGAGGAGAACGGCGAGGGACAAUACCCAUUGUGCGAAACAGAUUACUUCCGUCGUCUAGAUCUCAUUUGCCACAAAUGUAAUGGGGCGUUGCGCGGGUCCUACAUUACUGCACUCGAUCGAAAAUAUCAUAUAGACCAUUUUACCUGUUCAGUAUGUCCGACAGUGUUUGGAGCCCAAGAUAGUUACUACGAGCACGACGGGCAGGUUUACUGCCAUUAUCAUUAUUCAACACAAUUUGCGCAACGAUGCAAUGGUUGUCAGACAGCAAUCUUGAAGCAGUUUGUCGAGAUAUUCAGGAAUGGUCAAAACCAGCAUUGGCACCCUGAGUGCUAUAUGAUACAUAAAUUUUGGAAUGUGAGGUUAGCGUCAUCACAGGACGUGACCGAUGCGAAACCUAUUUUGGAGGAUAUUAAUGAUGUGGAGGGCCGAAACGCGGUAAAGGAUGAAGAAGAGCAGAUGGAAGAGAAGGUAUAUCGUAUUUGGAGUGUCCUUUCGACGUUUGAGGAAUCCUCGGCCGCGUGUAUUUCCGACAUGCUUCUUCAUGUCAGUAAUGGUGCUUAUGUCGAUGGGGUUCUGGUUGCCAAGAAGUUCAUUUGGCACGUUGAUAUCCUCUUUCGGUCGGCAGAUAAGUUGGAUGCCACUAUGAUGGCGUUAGGGAUGAAAGGGCUGUCUUACUCAAGAGAAGCUAAACUUCUUUGCAAGAAGAUUGUUGCAUUCUUCCAGUUGCUUUCCAAAACGCAGGAGACCGGCGUACGCAAGCUUGGUGUUACACAGGAACUUCUGGCUUUAGUAACCGGCUUAGCACACUAUUUGAAACUUUUGAUCCGUAUCUGCCUACAAGGCGCUCUUAAAGUCGAAAGGGAGCAGAGGACGCCACAAGGUCUUCAUGGAUUCCUGGACGACCUUAGUGACAUGGAGGCCAUCAAAAACGACAAUAGAUCGCUUGAAGCUACAACUGGGACGCCUAAUUUGAACUCGCCGUCUUCGGACCAAUGCCCUACCUGUCAGCGACCGAUAGAGGAUGAGUGUGUUCGUGCAGGAGAGUAUCGAUGGCACCUCGCUUGCCUGCAGUGUUCGAAUUGCUCAAGAGAGUUACGUUUGAAUAUUGCCGAAGUGAGGUGGAGUGAGGUUGACCAGCGUAUAGUCUGCAGCAACUGUGAGAAUAGGGCAUCCGGUCCUGUCACUGCGGUCGAGCGAGUUACGAGACUUCAACAUUACGUCUUUCUAUUAAGAGUUGCUCUAGCAAGACUUCUGGAGCAGCUGCGAACCAGCGGUGCACUUCCACACACUUCGGAUGACCCUAAUCUGAAUGGCUACGACUCCCAAGAAGGACAUCGACUUCAACCAAAUUCCGAACCACCAUUGCUUAGAUCAGACACAAGGUCAAAGUCUUACGGAGGCAAUGCAGAUGAUAAUCCGCGAGAAUCUUCGUACGAAAACACACUCAAUGAUGUACGAAGGUUACGAAGUACCAGAAUGGACAAGCAUCUUUCAUCCACUAUCAAAAAAGCUAGAACUUCACGCAUCAUGGAUGGCUCAGAAGUGCGCCGGCCAGGAUCAGCUGGCGCCGAUGGCUCUGACUCUAGAGGCCCCGGCUUUCAGAUAGUGGAAGAACGUGAUAGUAACGGCGAGUCCAGAACUGAGCUUAUGUUUGGCCAUCAAGACGCAUUAACUCUCGAUGAUAUUCCUCGGAUCGUUGCGGCAGAGCAAGCAAAGGAGCAGAGGCCAAAUGCCUACAAGCAUGCACGGCAUGAGAUGUUCCGGACAUCAGUCACGGAACCCAAACUUCUAAAUGGGCAUCAGCGUAAUUUCUCAAGCGGCAAUGGUCUCGAUAUGCCAGCGCCUGGUGAUCCAUCUCCUCAACAACGACGCGAUGUUGGAAAUGUCGGCAAAAAAUAUUUCUCCGAGCUCUCGGCACUAGAGUACUUUAUCGUCCGGCAUGUUGCAGUGAUCGCGAUGCAGCCGCUUUUAGACGGCCACUUCACCAUGGAAGAAUUGCUUAAUCUCAUUGAGACCAGAAAACCAACGUUCUGGAACAAAAUGGGAAAGGCUUUUAAGAACGACGGCAAAAAGGGUGGCAAAAAGAAGGGCGUAUUUGGCGUCCCUCUCGAAACAAUCAUUGAAAGAGAUGGAGCUGAUUCAACAGACGGUAUCGGACCUGGUGCUUUGCGAAUUCCAGCUAUCAUUGACGACACUGUCACGAUAAUGCGAAAAAUGGACUUAUCAGUUGAGGGUGUCUUCCGCAAAAACGGUAACAUCAGGAGACUCAAUGAAACCAUGGCUGCCAUUGAUAGAGAUGGUUGUGACGCUGUGGACCUUGGAAAUAACGUUGUUCAAAUUGCUGCUCUAAUGAAGAAGUAUCUUCGAGAGUUACCGGAUCCCCUCCUUACUUUCAAGUUACAUCGCCUGUUCAUUGCAACUCAAAAAAUUGCGGACGAAGAUAAACGGAGGCGUGUGUUACAUCUCACAUGUUGCUUGCUUCCCAAACCCCACCGGGAUUGUCUUGAGAUAUUGUGUUCCUUCUUCAACUGGGUUGCCUCUUUCCACCAAGUUGAUGAGGAAUCAGGUUCGAAAAUGGACACUCACAAUCUGGCAACUGUCAUCGCGCCCAAUAUUCUGUACACAAAUCAGAAGGGUCCAGUCGAUGACAAUUUCCUGGCGAUCGAGGUUGUGCAUACGCUCAUCGAGUGUAAUGAGCAGAUGUGCGAGGUUCCUGAAGAUCUUCAAUCAAUUUUAGGAGAUCAAACUCUCUUUACCAACCCAAGCGAUAUCACAACUAAAGAAAUUCUUAAACGAUAUGGAGAUAUGGGAUCAAAUGGUGGUCCCAAACACCAAGUAGAAACUGUCGAGUCUUCUCCCGGAUCAAAAGAUGGUAGUGGCAGACCGAUGGCGCCUGUCGUCACCCGUGUCGACACCGACCCUUCACAGGCAAAUGCACGCCAGAAAGAAACUAGUGUACGCCAUGUGCAGGAUCCCGUGCCAUAUGGUAGAAACAAUCAAAACAUACCUCCUCAACAACAGUGGCAAGGCCCGGAUCUCGAACCACCUCAGCCCUACCCACAGCGUAAUGGCACGCCAGAUAGUCAAAACGAUAGUUCACGUCGAGAAUACCGCAACUCCGGAUGGGGUCGACCCAGAAACGGAUCGGUCGGUGUUGGUGGAGCGAUGUAA